GCUAUCGUUAUAUCGACCCAGGCCGCGCACGACGGUCAUGUAUAUAUAUAUAAUCAUUCUACAUCGUCUGCAACACUGUAUAUACGCAUGUAUAUACACAUACACUAAUAAUCCAUCCACACAAUGCGGCGAUUUCCCUUUCGAUUGGUAUAUCAUCACACGGCGUGGGACACAUAUGGGGAGCACGGCGGAGCAGUCAGUGAGAGAUAUUUUGGGUGUCUGGACUCGUCGCCUGAGGCGGACCACGUGAGAUGGAUGCAUAAUGGCUGUUUUGAGGGGUUACUAGUAACUAUGGUAAUGCAUUGGAUGCAUGUAUUGAGUCUGGUAUGCGGAUGGAGGCUGGCGUUUUGCCUUGGGAGGGCUAGCUUUUACUGUUGUUUCGUGAGGGCAGGAUGCUAUUUCGUGAGUCGGUCGGUCAGGCGGAUGGUGGCUGCUGGUUGGUGGUGUGGGCUGGCAUGCUGGCUGGCUGGUAACGAUGGUAGUGGACCAGGAGAUCUCAGCGCGCUCGAGGAGGAGAGGAGAGGAGAGGGCACCGAGGCAAACGCAUGCAUGCAUACAUGGGACGGAGAGCCGUUGAGCAUCUGUGGCGUGCAUGAAGGUGGUAUGCCGCAACCUUAUCGUACCGAGAAAGCGCCCUCUCUCUCUCUAAUUAAGCCUCAAGGAUGCCUCGAUCAGUGGGACAACGAUGGCCAGUGA